AGUCACAAAUCUAAGUUCUGCUAUCAUGGUGAAAAAUCUUUUUCUCAGUAUUUUCUUAGCUUUCUUAGUUCAUUUUUCGACACUUUCCGUCGUUUAUGCACAAGUAACCGACAUCUCCACAGACAAACAAGCUCUUCUUGCCCUGAAAGCUCGAAUAAGCCAUGAUCCAGACAAUUUGUUGGCCAGCAAUUGGUCUGCAAGUUCUUCUGUUUGUCAAUGGAUGGGCAUAACUUGUGGUGCUCAUCACCUUCGAGUAACAGCUUUAAAUAUUUCUCGCUUGGAUCUCACAGCUACCCUCCCUCCUCAACUAGGAAAUCUAUCUUUCCUUGCAAGGCUAGACAUCAGCAACAACCGCUUUUAUGGCUCUCUCCCUGCAAGCAUUUUUGACAAUCUUCCCAAUCUGCAAUUGCUUUAUUUGCAUUCUAACAUGUUCGAGGGAAAAAUACCAUCAACCUUAUCAAAAUGCAGAAGCUUACAAAACUUAUCCUUGUCAUUCAAUAAUUUCACAGGAGCCAUUCCAAAAGAAAUUGGAAACUUGACUCAACUUAGAGAGAUCUAUCUUGGAGACAACGAACUCCAAGGAGAAAUUCCGAAAGAGCUUGGCAAUCUUGCAAAAUUGGAGUUAUUAUCACUGCGAAAUAGUCACUUAACAGGAACUAUUCCCUCAUUUAUCUUCAACCUUUCUUCUUUAGUUAUCAUGAACUUUAGGGAAAAUAGCUUGACCGGUAGCCUUCCUGAAAACAUGUGCCAACAUCUUCCUAAUCUUGAAGAACUGUCCAUGCCCAAUAAUCAUCUCACUGGUCCGAUUCCAUACAGUUUGGGGCAAUGUGGAAUGCUUAGUAUUCUUAAGUUGACGAAUAACCAAUUCGAAGAACAUAUUCCGAGAGAAUUUGGGAACUUGACAUUAAUCAAGAUUCUAUGUCUGGACUUGAAUAAAUUAACAGGUGAGAUACCGUAUGAAGUUGGCAAUCUUCAUAAUCUUGAGCUCUUGCAACUUGAAUAUAACCACCUAGUUGGCCCUGUCCCAGCUACUAUAUUCAACAUUUCAACAAUGCAAGUACUUUCAUUGUAUGGCAACCAACUCUCUGGAAUUCUUCCAUCAAUUGCAGAGCUUCCAAACCUUGUGGGUAUUCUCUUGUGGGGAAAUAAUUUCAGUGGGCCGUUUCCCAAUUUCAUCACCAAUGCUUCCAAGCUCUCCAGGAUAGAUAUCUCAUCUAACUCAUUCUCAGGCUUCAUUCCUGGUACAAUUGGUAAUUUAAAAAAUCUUGAGAUACUAGAUUUAAAAUAUAAUUAUUUCACAUCUACUCCUGAUCUGAGCUUUCUUUCCAAUUUGACAAAUUGCAAGAGUUUAAGAGUCCUAAGGUUAAGUAAAAAUCCACUAAAUAGCAUCCUUCCAGGUUCCAUAGGGAAUCUUUCUAUUUCUUUGGAAAAUUUUAAUAUAAAUGAUUGCAACAUUAGCGGCAAAAUUCCCAGGGAAAUUGGAAAUUUGAAAAACUUGCUAGAACUGAAAUUAGAAGAUAAUGAAUUGACUGGACCAGUUCCAGUUACCAUGGAUGGAUUGCAGAACCUCCAAGGUUUGUAUCUUCAAAAUAAUAAAUUUGAAGGACUCAUCCCAGAAAUUUUUUGUCAUUUAAAAAAAUUGGAUGUAUUGAAUUUGGGGGGAAACAAGUUCUAUGGAGUCAUACCUGCAUGUAUUGGCAAUCUCACUACAUUGAGCAAAUUGUAUUUAGGUUUCAAUAGGUUAACUUCUAUACCAUCAACUUUGUGGAACCUCGAGAAUCUCUUGCACGUUAAUUUGUCUUCAAAUUUUUUGGAUGGAUCUCUUCCAUUAGAUAUUGGAAAACUUAAGGUUGCCAUAGCUAUAGAUCUGUCAAGGAAUCUUUUAUCUGGAGAGAUUCCAAAAUCUAUGGAAAGCCUAAUAAAUUUACAAUCUCUCUUCUUAGAAUACAACAAAUUACAAGGCUCUAUUCCUGAAACAUUUGGCAACUUGACAAGCUUGCAAUUCUUGGAUUUGUCUAGCAACAACCUUUCUGGAUUGAUUCCAAAGUCUUUAGAGGCACUUUUGUAUCUCAAAUAUCUAAAUUUAUCUUUCAACCAACUAAGUGGCGAAAUUCCCAGAGGAGGAUCGUUCAAAAAUUUCAUGGGUGAAUCAUUUAUGGGGAAUCUUGCAUUAUGUGGGACUCCUCAACUGCAAGUUCCACCAUGCAGAAAAAACCCUCGUCGAAAGGGUUUCAUGUUUAUUCUUUUGCCAAUAAGUUUUGCAGUCUCAUUAGUUGUCUUGGUUCUUAUGUCUAUGUUGAUCAAACACUGGAAAAAGAGAGCGAGGCCAACUACCAAUGUUGAUUUCUAUGCAGGGGGAACAUGGAGAAGAAUUUCUUACCAGGAACUUAUGAGAGCAACAAAUGGAUUCAAUGAGAACAAUAUGCUUGGCAAAGGAAGUUACGGUUCAGUUUACAAAGGAAGAUUAGAUGAGGGAAUAGAGGUUGCAGUAAAGGUAUUCCACUUGGAUUUUGAAACAGCUCUUGCAAGUUUUGAAGCUGAAUGUGAAGUAAUGAGAGGACUUCGUCAUCGAAAUCUUGUUAAAAUCAUCAGCAGUUGUUCAAAUGAUGAUUUUAAAUCUUUGAUACUAGAAUACAUGCCUAAUGGAAGCCUAGAGAAAUUGUUGUUUUCUGAGAACAAUGUUUUGGACAUUUCUCAUAGACUAAAUAUAAUGAUCGAUGUUGCUUCAGCUUUAGAAUAUCUACAUUUUGGUUCUUCAGUCCCAAUCAUUCAUUGUGAUAUAAAGGCAAGCAAUGUCCUACUAGAUGAAAAUAUGGUUGCACAUUUAAGUGAUUUUGGCAUUGCAAAACUCUUGGGCGAAGAAAACUCCAUGACACAAACAAAGACCCUUGCCACCAUUGGUUAUAUGGCACCAGAAUACGGAAGAGAAGGAAAGGUAUCUAGACAAGGAGAUGUGUACAGCUAUGGUAUCAUGCUAAUGGAAACAUUUACCAAGAAGAAACCAACAAAUGAAAUGUUUACAGAAGAAAUGAGCUUAAAGAGGUGGGUUGGCGAAUCAUUAUGUAGCACAGUGAUGCAAGUUGUGGACACAAAUUUACUUACAAAGGAUGAUGAACAUUUCUCUAGCAAGGAGGAAGUUGUGUCAUCAGUCUUGAGUUUGGCUAUGGAGUGUACAAGAGAAUCACCUUUAGAUAGGAUCACCAUGAAAGAAGUAGUGACAAGACUCAUCAAAAUCAGAGCCCAACUUAUAGAAAUCAAAACAAGAAAAGACAGAAACGUUUUGAAUUUAAGGCGAAGUUUUAACCUAGUUAGAAAUGGAUGAAUUGACUAGCCAACAUCUUAUCAAUGAGAAGGGCUUAGAGUUUAGCAACCUUCUUCCUCUUCCAUGAGUUUGAUGACAAGUACAUGAAUGUUCUAAGGUCAACUUAUAUUAAAAAGAAGUGCUUGUAAUGAGUUUUAAUUUAAAUUUGGACCUUAAUGUAGUAAAGGUAAAGUAUAAGGAGUUUGAAAUUUUCCUAUUUUUACUAGAGAUGAAUUAUAGUAUCUUUUAU